AUGGAUGAUGGAUUUGAGAUGCUAUUGGCUCUGUUGGUCGUAAACCUUGGCGGUCUCGCUCUUGCAGAGAAGAGGGCAGUAACCACCCCAACCGUGUGUGAGGAGAAGCUGAAAACACUGACGCAGAAAGUAGAUAUCUUACUGCGUCAGCUUCAGCUCCAGCAGAUGUUCAUAGCGGAACGCACACGAACAGACGGGGGAUCAGGGAUAAAACAGACGAGAUGGACUUCCAUUGGAACAAGACCAUAUCAUACAUCAAGUCACAGCAUGAGUUGGGUGGCAGGAGGUUUUUAUGCAGGCAGUCAUACAAGGAACUAUAAUAUCGGCACGACCGGCACAAGUGCAGUGAUAAAUGGAGUUGAGUUUCGCAUACAUUCCCAAGGAAUGGCAUUGUACAGGCCUGGUCAAACUUUCAAAAGUCCACGCCGAAGACUGCCACUACCGGCAGUGCCCCCACAGGUCUUGGCCAAAAAGACUAUACCAGAACAGGUCACCGAGAUGAAAGAAUGGUUCAAAGCUUGGAGGGACCAGAACUACAAAGUGCGGGAUUACAGGAAGUACUUCAAACCUGUUCUUUGCUACCUUGAAGGCAAAUGGUUGAAAAGUCAAGGAGACGACAAACUGCCUUUCACACAGUCAUUUUUGUCCAAUGAGGAACGCGCGCGGUACCAAGCCUACAGCGGAGCCAUUCCAUUGGAGAGACAUUCCUUCAAACCGACGUCCAUCGUCGACUUCGAGAACGGUAAACCCGUGUUUGCUACGUGGGACUACAGAGUUUUGUGUCACCCGGUGAAUCAAGACAUCCCCACAAGCACCUUCCGCGUUGUUGAUGACUUGAGUAUACGGACCCCAAGGAAAUGGACUCUGGAUCAACUCUCACGUACUACUUUAGCCAAGUUCCAACUUAACCCACUGAAUCGCCCAUGGAAAGCCAAUUCAGAGUAUGACGACUCCGAUUAUGAAUUCCUCGAUCAGCUGAUGUCUCAGGUCCCAGGUCCAAAUAACUACGACGGAAAGUUGUAUGAUGACUCGUUCUCCAAACCCACACACCCGUUUACCGCUACCAACAACAAGGCAGCAAAGCUGAAUACCGCCUUUUACCACAGGUGGUCUAAGGUUUCACAGACCGGAACCGGAAGUCUAAAAGCUCGCCACAGAGGAUUCUCUGACAACACGGUUUUCAUGGCACAAACAUCACAGCCAUCGGUGGCAGGGAUGAAGGCUGAAGACUGCAACUUUGUUGGAGGGAAAAAAGUAUGUAAAAGUUAUGAACAGCGCUGGUCGUACGCCAUUCCGCUCUUCGUGGCCUACCUUAACCCACUGGCUAAUUGGAAUCCAUAUGGACUGACUAUGCAAACGAAUGGAAUCGUGUACGGCAAAGGGCGAACAGGCGGGUUUACAAACUCCACAGCCUACAACGGGAUCAGCGAAAACGUUUACUAUAGCACACCUAGUGAAUUUUUCGGGAGUCCUAAGAACGGCGAUGCAAAACCAAAGGGCGUCCUCGAUCCAAAGGGAGUUAUCCGCAGCGUUAGCAAAGGCGGAUUUCGACUAAUAUUGCCGAACAUUCCCGGAGUAGGCACUCUCCGUCAGACCUAUCCCAUCUUCCCCAUUCAUGGAGAGGGCAGCACUGCAUGGAAGGAAUACGAGGCUCUGGCUGACCUCGUUUUGAAGAGGAAAACACAUGCAAAUAUAUUUGUUGAACCCUCGCAGUUUUAAUUGUGAAUUCACAAGAUUACUAAGAUUUAAUAUAAGUGCCAUGUUUUGUAUAUUGCGCGAAAUUUCAGAUUUAAAAUAAAAUAAAACUUG